AUGAAAGCAACUUUUAAUGUUUUAUUUCUGAUUAAAUCUGAAUUAGAAUUUAAUUUAAAGAGAUUUAAUCAAUCAUUUUUUUUUUUUUUAGGCAAGGGUAUAUGCAAAUAUCUCACCGGCCAGAAUGGCGUGACAGUGUCCGUUGUUUCAAGCUGUGGAUCCGUACUAGGCUGUGGAAAUGCGAAUAUCGUAUCUACUACGGGAAUCGGUAACAAUACCGGUACGCAGAGCAUCGGUAUUAAUGUUCUAAGCCAGAAUGCGGCAGAUGAAGAUGCUGAGGACAGCGAUGUCGAGAUAAGCAAAAUUGACUUCCGAGGAGUAAAUUUGCGCACGAAGAAGAAGCGAGAUGUAUCGAUUAGUCAGAGUGGUGAAAAAAUCGGUGACGGGGACGUAGAAGAUGCAAAUGGUUGUUAUGAUGGGAACGACGUUUCCCAACAACAACCAGAGAGACCUAUGUCAUGGGAAGGAGAAUUGUCUGAUCAAGAGAUGUCUUCCAAUACAAUUACAAAUCAAGAUACACAUGAAGAUACAUCAAUGGAAGGUGUUCAAAUAUGUGGUGCAAGUCCUGGACCUAUAGAGCAGAAAUUUCCUAUAAAACCAGAACCAGAUUUCCGAUCCAGUCCUGGAUUUACAUUUGGUUCUUUUCAUGAUACAGGAUUACCUCUGACUCAUGGUCAUCAAAUACAACAACAACAACAACAACAACGCAACAUUGAAAAUCUUGAACAAACACAACAAAACGAUUUGCCUCUUCUUGUAGGAAAAUUACUUGGUGGUUAUAAUAGUUCAACUCCAAAUCAUAGUCCAGUUUUAAAUCCUAGACAUCAUCUGACAAAGCAUAGCCACACAAGAUCGCAGGUACCAUCACCAGAUUCGGCGAUUCAUUCCGCAUACAGUGUAUUUAGUUCACCAACGCAAAGUCCUCAUGCAGCUCGUCAUUCUGCUCUAGGAGCAGGAAGUCCAGUUCCAUCUUCAUCAUUAUCUUUGUCGCGACAUAGUUUCAAUAAUUCGACUUCUUCAUUAUCUUUAUCGUUAUCACAUUCGCUUUCGAGAAACAAUUCAGAUGCCUCAAGUAGCUGUUACAGCUAUGGCUCUCUCAGUCCACCCACACAUUCACCCGUCCAGCAACCAAGACAUCCGCAACAUCAUCAACAUCAAGUUGCUCAAGGAAGUCCACUUCAUCUUCCGGCUACAGCCUCACCUGCCAUUUCUCAUCACUAUUCUUCCUCUGCACCGGGUUCUGAAUUGUCUCCUGAAGGACACGCUGCUACAGACGAUCAAGAAGAUUGUCGAAUACCGUCAGCACCGUCUGGUAUUUCAACUAGGCAACAAUUAAUUAAUAGCCCGUGUCCAAUCUGCGGAGAUAAGAUUAGUGGUUUUCAUUAUGGAAUCUUCUCAUGCGAGUCGUGCAAGGGAUUUUUCAAACGCACCGUCCAAAACCGGAAAAAUUAUGUGUGCCUUAGAGGCGCGGGCUGUCCCGUUACUGUCGCUACAAGGAAGAAAUGCCCCGCCUGUCGAUUUGAUAAGUGCCUCAAUAUGGGUAUGAAGCUCGAGGCGAUUAGGGAGGAUCGCACCAGGGGUGGAAGAAGUACCUAUCAAUGUACGUACACUCUUCCAGCAAGCCUUGUUGGUAGUCCUGCAAGUAAUAUAGCGAACGAUAAAUUAGCUACUGGAGGUAAUUGUAGUCCAGCUCCAACUGGUAAUGAACAUCACUAUCCGGCAAGACAUCAUUCGAAUCACUCUCAUAAAAUGCAAGUGGUACCGCAACUUUUACAAGACAUCAUGGAUGUAGAGCAUUUAUGGCAUUACAAUGAUAAUGAUCGUAUGACCGGAAGUGGAGGAAUAAAUACUACUAGAAAUAAUGAUGCAAUGUUAUUGGGAGUUGGAAGUGGUGGAGGAGCUGGAACAGGAAAUGAUACGAGUUCAAAUAUUGAAUGUUCUUCUAAUGGAACCGCAGGAAACGGUAACCCCAAUAACAGAAGAGAUGAGAGGUCAUGCUCUAAUGUUUCUAAUGUCGGUAAUGAACAACGAGCUACGCCCAUUAGUAGCAGUUCUCAAAUUAAUAAUACAAAUGGUAAUUCAACUCAACAUCCUGAUUUCUUAUCGAACCUCUGUAACAUCGCUGACCAUCGUCUCUAUAAAAUAGUGAAAUGGUGUAAGAGUUUACCCUUAUUUAAAAACAUUUCAAUUGAUGAUCAGAUUUGUCUGUUAAUUAAUUCCUGGUGCGAGUUAUUGCUGUUUUCAUGUUGUUUUCGGAGCAUGAGCACUCCUGGUGAAAUUAGAGUAUCUCUCGGCAAGUCGAUUACAUUAGAACAAGCUAGACAGCUUGGCUUAGCGACCUGCAUCGAGAGGAUGCUUGCAUUUACUAAUAAUUUGUCAAAAUUAUUGAUUUUAAAAUUAAUAUAAUAUUUAAUUAUCAUAUAUAGGUAAUAGUGUUAUUGACCUCUGAUACAAGUGAAUUGAAGGAACCUGAAAAAGUUAGAGCAUCUCAGGAGAAGGCUUUACAAGCAUUACAACAAUAUACCAUAGCAAGGUACCCAGAGAUGCCUGCUAAAUUUGGUGAAUUAUUAUUGAGAAUUCCAGAUUUACAAAGAACAUGCCAAGCAGGAAAAGAAUUGUUAAGUGCGAAACGUGCUGAAGGAGAAGGUAGUUCGUUUAAUUUGUUAAUGGAAUUGUUGAGAGGAGAUCAUUGAAUUAUUACCACAAUGAACAAUGCCAUUCCAUGCUUAUAAAAUCUGUAAGCUUAAGGAAUCGGAUGUAUUAAAUAAUCAAGAAGCAACAAAAAUAGAAACAAAACUAUAAACAUUAUGGUCCAUGAUACAUUAGUUCUUGGUGAAGGGACUACAUUCUUAUAGAACUAAUUAGAGGUUGAUUGCUUAAUGCAUAAAGCAAAUGAGAAAUGAUGUUUCUUUUCUCUUUUUUUGUUUUUUAUUCUUUCUUUUUAAAUUAAAAAUACUUUCAUGGAGGUAUUGUAUAAUGCAAUUCCGCCUUGAAACAUGAAUUUCGAAGCGGCCUAAUGGUAAGCUCGAAAUGUUCAGCUUGCAUAUUUGCAAAAGAGACUGAAAAUAUAAUCGAAGGAGAGAUACAGAGCAUUUACUUUUACAAUAAUAUCAAUGUACAGAGAUAAAAGGAUUGAGAGAGAGGGAGAGAAAGAAUGAGAGAUAGAGAGAGUGAAAGAGAGUAUGAGAAUCGAUAUCAAAUAGCAUAAAAAUGCUAAAUUUUAUUAGGUAGAUUCAAUUUGUUCAAGUAAACGACAAAUACAGAGUUUUAAUCUUGAUAAUUAUUAUAAUAAUAAAACAACCAGUAUUUUAUAUUGUUCUGCGCUUACUUAAAAAUAAGACACAAAAUAAUGUCUUAUAUCCCGGUAAUAAAAGUGUACUUAAAAUAUGAGUCGACCAAUUGUUUACUUAUAGAACAGCUAAUCGUGUAAUAAUUAAUAGGUAGUAAUAUC